UUCGAACAGCUGUCUGUUGAUCACCACCACCAGCCAAUACUAAAUAUGAAAUAGCGACUGUAAGAAGCUCACGAGUUGAGAAAUUUCAAUCUCCAGAUUGGGUAGACCAAUUCUUCUAUUGAAAAACUACAGAUUAUGGCAUAAAUUCAGAUUUUUUAAAUAUAUUAAUGAAAAUUUUUAUAAUAAAUAUAUCAAAUUUAAUUUUUUCAAAAAAAUCAAUACAUUUUAAUUAAUAUAUUAAAAAUGUUUUCUUAAAAGCAGCUUUAAUAAUAAUAUUGAAUAGAGCCUAAUACUUAAGUCAAUUGUCAAUUUGUCUUGAAAUAGUUUGUCAUAAUAUUAAAUUGUGGGUCUUCGUAUCUCGUUCAUGGCAUGCUUGCAAAUGUCUAAAGUUACCGCCCUCCUAUUAACACUUCUACUUAUAAAUAUAGCCAGCUCUAUUUUCCAUUUCCUUCCAAUUGGCUUUGCAGAAAGCACCACUACCCAUCACUCUAAAAUGGCAUCAAUCCUCUAUUUGGUUUUCUGCAUAAUUUCCAUCCUCUCAGUCUCGGUGGUUGUUGAUUCCCGUCACCACCACCAUAACGCAGCUCGAGCACCUGGUUCAGAAUACAAGAUCUAUGAGCACAAAGCAACACUUCACAGACAACUUCCCAGUUCUGGGACUGCUGCUGUAGGAGCUAACCAGUGUUCAAAGAAUGACAUAGCAAUAGCACAAGGCCAAGUAGGUGUUCAACCAGAUGGCACGCCAACUUUCUCGGUGGAGAUUGCCAAUAUUUGUUCAACUGGGUGUGCUAUUACCAAUAUCCAUCUCAGCUGUGGUGAUUUCAGCUCUGGAAUCUUCAUCAAUCCCAAAAUAUUCAAGAAACUUGCUAGAAAUGAUUGUGUUGUCAACAGUGGAGAACCACUAGCUGCCGGCUCAGCCCUCUCCUUCAGAUAUGCAGCUGCGUCCCAGUUCCCUCUUUCAGUUUCUUCCGUUACUUGUUAGAUAUCUUUAUAUGGUAAACAUCAGAGAAAACUGUUUAUCAAUAAGAUAUUAUUAUUUUAUAUUUCCUGAAACCGAAAUGAGAGAUGAUUUUGAAGGGCAUACAGUUACGGUUUUGAAAGAAUUACUUGAAACCGAUAGACAAUGAGAUUCCACCAUUUCUAGAACCAUUUAAGCUUAAUUAUUACAACUAAAA